AUGUCAAUCCUUGCAACUCUUCUCUGCGCUUUUCUUUUACUUUCCGUCUUUAUCUCUUUAAUAUUAACACCAUAUCCCAAAGCUUAUAAUUAUCCUUACCAUCAUUAUAUCAUACAGAAAAUAACCCACAAGAAACAACAACAUGCAUCAACCCUGUUGAAGCCUAACAUAACACAAUGUCCACCACUCUCUCCUCGACCCACCAUUCCAAAAUCUGUACACAAUUUACGUCCCGACGAUAUUAAGUAUGUUAUGGCGUUGGGUGAUAGUAUUACGGCCGCAUUCGCUGCAAAGGGCAAAUAUCAUGAUCACCCAUUGCAUAUUCACAAUAUUUUUGAGAAUCGAGGUGUUAGUUUUGCAGCUGGUGGAGAUGAAGAUGCUCAAUCAUUGGCGAAUUUUAUUAAAUUCUAUCGAGAAGAUUUGGUUGGUUUUUCUGUAGGGGAUCAUCUAAUUGAAAUCUGCAAAUUUUGCCCAGAAAAUCAAUAUCGACCAAAAUUAGAUCGACUUAAUGCGGCACAAUCUGGUGCGUCAGUGAUAAAUCUUGAGCAUGAAAUGAACUAUCUGUUGGAACGCAUUGAAGAAUUACAAGUCGAUAUGUCAAGUUUCAAGUUUCUGAAUCUAUUCAUCGGUUCGAAUGAUAUAUGCAAUAGCUGCAAAACUGAACGAGUUACUCCUCGUGUUUUUGAGGCGUUCAUUCGAGAUACACUUGACACCAUCGAAUCUAAAAUUCCGAAUACAAUUGUUAAUCUAUUGGGAGUAUUUAAUGUGUCGCAAGUAUACGAAUUUGCUCAUGGGCGAAAGUAUUGUCGCUGGUUUAAAUAUUUGCCGCAAAUACAAUACGGUUGUGCGUGUGCUUUUUUACCAGGUAAAGAGGGUGACGAGCGUCGCAAGAAAAUGGAUGAGAUCACAUUAGAAUACAAUAAAGCCAUCAAAAGAAUAGUCGCUGACUACGCAUCACGUCCACCAAAUCCUUCCUUUGGUCUUUCCUACCAUCCAUUUGAAUUAAACUUAACAUCAUUUCCUAUUGAGAGCGUUUCUAAUGUUGACUGUUUUCAUCCUAGCGUCAGCAUGCAUCAACAUAUUGCCAAAGUAUUAUGGAACAAUUUACCGAUUAAUCCGUCAUCGCGUGUUCCGAAAAUUAUCUGGAAUCCAAAAAUCGAAAUUCGUUGUUUUAUGGACGAAGAUCGUAUUCUUACGGUUCAAGCGAAUAUAUAA